AUGAAACCCGUCCUACUGAUCCUCGACGUCCAAAACGGGAUCAUCGACCGCCUCGAAAACACAGAGCCCUUGCUCCAACGCCUCGCCUCAACCAUCGAGGCCGCACGCAAGGCAACGGUCCCCAUCAUCUACGUCGUCACGGCCUUCCGUCCAGGCUAUCCAGAAAUCCCCGAGGGACACCCAUCCCUAUCCCCUAUGGCAUUCGUCACACGCGGCGGCUUCAUCAAUAACUAUCCCUCGACACAAGUCCACACAACCAUCAAACCCGCGGCCCACGAGGUAAUCGUCACCAAGCAUCGUUCCUCGGCUCUCAAUGGUACGGACCUUGAGAUGAUUUUGCGGGCUCUUAGAUCCAACGAUAUUGUUGUCGCUGGCGUGGUCACUAGCAAUGCUGUGAUGUCUACUGUGAAUUACUUGGUUAAUGGGGACUACCGUGUUACUGUGCUGAAGGACUGUUGCAUGGAUCGUUCGGAAGAGGCACACCGUCUGUUUAUGGAGAUGGUCUUUCCGCGUAGUUCGAAGGUUGUCUCCGCGGAGCAGUGGGUCGAGAGUCUUUCUUCCAGCCAGACCACUGACAACUAG